UGAUGAUGCCCAGCGUGACGGAUCGAGGGGCGGUGCGCUCAUCGGCCUACUCGCGGGCUCGGCGGCUCUGCUGAUGUGCCUGGAACGCACACGUGGUCGGCGCACUUUCGAUUUCGCCCAGCCUGAUUCCUGAGUCCUUUCAAUUAAACGCAUUUAUUAAGCUUUGCUUCCUGUCACCCCUACAUCUCUGCCGGGAGUUCUUGGUGAGCCACCGGCAAUCGGUCGUUUACUUCGCCGUGCUGGGAUCUGCCUUUCUUCCCAGAUUUGUUCAUACAGAGCGCCUUGCGCCACAUUGCGCCCCGUGAUGAGCGACUAGCCGUGUCUCGUUGGCUUGCCCCGUGUUUGAAGCUGACUUGGCCCGGUUGGAGCCGACUGCGAGGCACCAGCGAAGUUCUAAGAGACGCGAUAUUACCUCCUAACCAUCACGCUUCCACAUUGGUUUCAGGACGGCAUUAACGAAAUAGGCUUCAAGGGCUGUAUGGAGACAUGGAAACGACUGUAGAUCAAACAGCUUGGCCCAAGGAGGACCUGUUAAAGCUCCUCGACGGCAUGAAGGGGAACCUCCCACAGAAUGACCUUAGCAGGUUCAAGACGAUGGAGUCACGCCUGGACUGGGAUAAGGUGGCGUUUGGACCUUAUUCGGGAGAUACCUGCAAGCAGAAAUGGCAGGCAGUGUCACGAGAGGUACGCAAGUAUCGCACAUUGUCUGAGAUGAUCGUCGACGCUGAAGACUUCAUCAAAAACCCCCAGAGAAGCAAGAGGACACAGAGACACCCAGAUUUUCCAAAGAAGCCCCUGACAGCUUAUUUGAGAUUCUUCAUGGAGAAAAGGGCAAAAUAUGCCAAGCUGCACCCUGAACUGAGUAACAUGGACCUCACUAAGGUCCUCUCCAGGAAGUACAGGGAGCUUCCAGAGCGCAAGAAGGCAAAAUACGUGCAGGAGUUUCAAAGAGAUAAAGAAGCCUUUGGACAAAAAGUGUUGAAAUUCCGGGAGGAGCACCCAGACGUAAACAUAAAGAACAACAUUCCUGAGAAACCCAAGACACCUCAGCAGCUUUGGUACAGCCACAAGAAGAAGUCCGUCCUCAAGACCCAGCCGGAUGCAAACGCUAGGGACAUCAGGGACAGGUUGCUUAAGCAGUGGACACAGCUGUCAGACAAAAAGAGGCUGAAGUGGAUCAACAAGUCCCUGGAACAGCAGAGAAUAUACGAGGAGACCAUGCGCGACUUCAUCCAGCAGCAUCCGGAGCUCAACCUCUCCGAUAGAGACAUCAAGAAGACCACUCUAACCAAAGCUGAGAGGCACCUGAAGGACAAAUCUGACGGCCGGCCCGAGAAGCCUCCAGUAAACGGCUACGCCUUGUACUGUUCGGAGGCCGUAUCCAGCCUGAAGGACCUGCCGCAUCCAGCACGCUUGACGAUGUGCAGGCAGCAGUGGAAGAAGUUGGACCAGAGCGACCGGAACAGCUACCAGAAACUCUGCGAGCGGAAAAAGAAGGAAUAUGAAGUUGAAAUGGAUCGCUUCGUUUGUAGCCUCCCAAAGGAUGAACAACAGCGGGUCCGAGGAGAGCUGGAGACGCUGGGGGACUUGAGGAAGAGUAACAGUAGCAGCCCCGCUUCCAAGGAGACGUCCAAGGCCAUGGGCCUGUCACCCAAGCAAAGGCCUGUCUCCAAUGACCGUCAUCCCUCUACGGGCUCGGAGGCCCCCAGGAAGCCCAUCUCGGCCCUCUUCAUCUUCUCGGAGGAGAAGAGGCCCAAACUGCAGAGGCAGAGGCCAGAGCUGUCGGACAGCGAGCUGACGUGUACGCUAGCGAAGAUGUGGAACGAGCUGCCCGACAAGAAGAAGGAGAAAUAUGAACGUCUGGAGGUGACUCUGAAAGCCGAGUUGGAGAAGGUGGCCAAGGAUGACCGCGGCCUGCCCGUCCCACCCAAAAGGGCACAAGACUUCUGGCAGCUUUCUGUCAUGGACAGCUACUUGGCAAGCUUCAGUAACAACCGCACGAAGGCCGAGGAGGCUAUGAAUUCAGUCUGGACCUCAAUGGACAAGAAGAAGAAGAUGGUCUGGAUCAAGAAGGCUAUGGAAGAUCGGAAGCGAUACAACCGAGAGCUCGGCGAGAUGCAGCCCUUGAACGUGACCGUCGGUUUGGGGAAGCAUCCAAAGUUCGUGGGGGAGCCCAAGAAACCACCAGCGAGUGGUUACCACAUCUUCUCUCAGGAGGUGCUCGCAAGCAAGGAGCUGACCCAUCUUCCCUUAAAGGCGCGCAUGGGGGAGGUUGGGGCUCGGUGGAAGAGCUUGUCGGAAAGGGACAGAGAGUCCUACAAGGUGCUGGCAGCGACGAUGCUGGAGCAGUACAAGGAUCAGCUGGACCUGUGGCUCCAGAGUCUGUCCCCACAGGAAAGGACUGCCUACGACGAAUAUCGUUCCACUAAGCGUAAAAGAACGAACAAACCUGGCGGAUCGAAAGCCAAAGUGCCGCCAGCAGCUGCCGAGAAAUCGGAUUCCGAAGAUGGAGGUAUUGAUGAGGAUGAGGAAGAAGAGGUCUCGUCGGGGGAAGAGUCUUCAAACAAAGAAAACGAGGAGGAGGAGGAGGAGGAGGAAGAAGAGGAUGAUGAUGAUGAGGAUGAUACCGAUCAUAAUGUGGAAGAGAAGGAUGAGGACACAGACAAGGAUGCAAAGAACAAGGAGAACGAGUCCAGUGCCAGUAGUGGGUCCAGUUCCGAGUCUUCGGAAUCGGACUCGGAAUCUGACUCCAACACCGAUUUUAACUCUGACUGAGAUAUGACCAGCAGGGGAUAGAUGGGAAUGUUGCGUUCUGUCCUUCAGUAACACAUGUAGCCAAAUGGGGGGGGGGGGUGACUGGCUCAUCUGUCGUCCCUUGCAGUUCCGGUGUGUGUGUCUCCCUACACUGUGUGUGUGUAGCAGUUUAAAUGCUGUUGAAGGUUAUAAUGUGCUCUUGCCAUCUUUAAAAGCUGUCCAAGGGGAAGGAAAACCCAGUACAGCAUUAUUAUCAGGUUCUCGUACUACCUAAGACACGGCUACAGAAACAUUUUUCUUUCACUGAUGUGA